UGAUAAUGUGCUUACUCUCGUCUGUGUGGAGGCCAGUAUGAAGCUGAAAAAGCAGGUGACAGUGUGUGGGGCUGCUAUCUUCUGUGUGGCUGUCUUCUCGCUCUAUCUCAUGCUGGACCGAGUGCAGCAUGAUCCUACCCGACACCAGAAUGGUGGGAACUUCCCCCGGAGCCAAAUUUCUGUGCUGCAGAACCGCAUUGAGCAGCUGGAGCAGCUGUUGGAGGAGAACCAUGAGAUCAUCAGCCACAUCAAGGACUCUGUGCUGGAGCUGACAGCCAAUGCAGAGGGCCCGCCCGCCCUGCUGCCCUACUACACGGCCAAUGGCUCCUGGGUGGUGCCACCAGAACCCCGGCCCAGCUUCUUCUCCAUCUCUCCUCAAGACUGCCAGUUUGCUUUGGGGGGCCGGGGCCAGAAGCCAGAGCUGCAGAUGCUGACUGUAUCGGAGGAGUUGCCGUUUGACAAUGUGGACGGUGGUGUGUGGAAGCAAGGCUUUGACAUCUCCUACAGCCCACACGACUGGGAUGCUGAAGAUCUGCAGGUGUUUGUGGUGCCCCACUCUCACAAUGACCCAGGCUGGAUCAAGACCUUUGACAAGUACUACACAGAGCAGACCCAGCACAUCCUCAACAGCAUGGUGUCCAAACUGCAGGAGGACCCCCGGCGGCGCUUUCUCUGGGCGGAAGUCUCCUUCUUUGCCAAGUGGUGGGACAACAUCAAUGCCCAAAAGAGAGCAGCAGUCCGAAGGCUGGUGGGAAACGGGCAGCUGGAGAUUGCGACGGGAGGCUGGGUAAUGCCGGAUGAGGCCAACUCCCAUUACUUUGCACUGAUUGACCAGCUCAUCGAGGGACACCAGUGGCUGGAGAGAAACCUCGGUGCAGCCCCACGCUCUGGCUGGGCGGUGGACCCCUUUGGACACAGCCCCACCAUGCCUUACCUGCUGCGCCGUGCCAACCUGACCAGCAUGCUGAUUCAGAGGGUGCAUUAUGCCAUCAAGAAGCACUUUGCUGCCACGCACAGCCUGGAGUUCAUGUGGAGGCAGACUUGGGACUCAGACUCCAGCACAGACAUCUUCUGCCACAUGAUGCCCUUCUACAGCUAUGACGUCCCCCAUACCUGUGGCCCGGAUCCCAAGAUCUGCUGCCAGUUUGAUUUCAAACGUCUGCCUGGUGGGCGCAUCAACUGCCCGUGGAAGGUGCCGCCCCGGGCCAUCACAGAGGCCAAUGUGGCUGAGAGAGCAGCCCUGCUCCUGGACCAGUACCGGAAGAAGUCCCGGCUGUUCCGAAGCAACGUCCUCCUGGUGCCACUGGGCGAUGACUUCCGAUAUGACAAGCCCCAGGAGUGGGAUGCCCAGUUCUUCAACUACCAGCGGCUCUUUGACUUCCUCAACAGCAAGCCUGACCUCCAUGUGCAGGCCCAGUUUGGCACCCUCUCUGACUAUUUUGACGCUCUGUACAAGAGGACAGGGGUGGAGCCGGGGGCCCGGCCUCCAGGGUUUCCUGUGCUGAGUGGGGACUUCUUCUCCUACGCGGACCGAGAGGACCAUUACUGGACGGGCUAUUACACUUCCCGGCCAUUCUACAAGAACUUGGACCGUGUCUUGGAAGCCCAUCUGCGGGGGGCAGAGAUUCUGUAUAGCCUGGCUGUCACUCACGCUCGCCGCUCUGGACUGGCUAGCCAGUACCCGCUCUCAAACUUUGCCCUUCUGACGGAAGCUCGGCGCACACUGGGGCUCUUCCAGCACCACGAUGCCAUCACUGGCACUGCCAAGGAGGCAGUUGUGGUGGACUAUGGGGUCAGGCUUCUGCGCUCCCUUGUCAACCUGAAGCAAGUCAUCAUUAAUGCAGCUCACUAUCUGGUGCUGGGGGACAAGGAGACCUACCGCUUUGACCCUGAGGCGCCCUUCCUCCAAAUGGAUGACACCCGCUUAAAUCACGAUGCCCUGCCAGAGCGCACAGUGAUCCAGCUGGAUUCCUCACCCAGGUAUGUGGUGCUGUUCAACCCGCUGGAACAGGAGCGGCUCAGCUUGGUAUCCCUGCUGGUCAGCUCACCCCGGGUGCGUGUCCUUUCGGAGGAGGGUCAGCCCCUGGCUGUGCAGAUCAGCGCACACUGGAGCUCUGCCACUGACAUGGUCCCCGACGUCUGCCAGGUGUCUUUGCCUGUCCGCCUGCCGGCCCUGGGCCUCGGCGUGUUGCAGCUGCAGCUGGGCCUGGAUGGGCACCGCACCCUGCCCUCCUCCGUGCGUGUCUACCUGCAUGGCCGGCAGCUGUCUGUCAGCAGGCACGAAGCGUUCCCUCUACGCGUCAUUGACUCGGGUACCAGCGACUUCGCCCUCAGCAACCGCUACAUGCAGGUCUGGUUCUCAGGCCUUACUGGGCUCCUCAAGAGCAUCCGAAGGGUGGACGAGGAGCAGGAGCAGCGGGUGGACGUGGAGUUCCUCAUCUAUGGCACCCGCACGUCCAAAGACAAGAGUGGAGCCUACCUCUUCCUGCCUGACGGCGAGGCCCAGCCCUAUGUCCCCAAGGAUCCUCCCGUGCUGCGUGUCACUGAAGGCCCUUUCUUCUCAGAAGUGGUUGCGUACUACGAGCAUGUUCACCAGAUGGUCCGGCUCUAUAAUCUGCCAGGGGUGGAGGGGCUGUCUCUGGACGUGUCAUCCCUGGUGGACAUCCGGGACUACAUCAACAAGGAGCUGGCCUUGCGCAUCCACACAGACAUUGACAGCCAGGGCACCUUCUUCACGGACCUCAAUGGCUUUCAGGUGCAGUCCCGGCGGUAUCUAAAGAAGCUGCCCCUGCAGGCCAACUUCUACCCCAUGCCAGUCAUGGCCUACAUCCAGGACGCACAGAACCGCCUCACGCUGCAUACUGCCCAGGCCCUGGGUGUCUCCAGCCUCCACGAUGGCCAGCUGGAGGUGAUCUUGGACCGGCGGCUAAUGCAGGAUGACAACCGGGGCCUCGGCCAAGGUCUCAAGGACAACAAGAGAACUCGCAACCGUUUCCGCCUCCUGUUGGAACGGCGAACCCUGGGCAGUGAGGUCCAAGAUGGCCGCUCCACCAGCUACCCGUCCCUCCUCAGCCACUUGACCUCCAUGUACCUGAAUACUCCAGCGCUUGCCAUGCCCGUAGCCAAGAGGCAGCUCCCAGCCGCUGGCCUGCGCUCAUUUCACCCUCUGGCUUCCUCACUGCCAUGUGACUUCCAUCUGCUCAACCUGCGGACACUCCAGGCCGAGGAGGAUGCCUUGCCCUCGGCAGAAACUGCACUCAUCUUACACCGCAAGGGUUUUGACUGUGGCCUUGAGGCCAAGAACUUGGGCUUCAACUGUACCACAAGCCAAGGCAAGGUGGCCCUGGGGAGCCUUUUCCACGGCCUGGAUGUGGGAUUCCUGCAGCCAACCUCCUUGACAUUACUGUACCCUCUGGCGCCGCCCUCCAACAGCACUGACGUCUAUUUGGAGCCCAUGGAGAUUGCCACCUUUCGCCUCCACUUGGGCUAGGGCUUCUGUGGCCUGAAGAGUGCGUUCACCCACAGAGACUGCCUCUUAACGUAAGGUCGGGCUGGACAAGCCGCACUGGGUAUCCCAUCCCGAUCUACCUCUCAGAACUGUGACAGACUGGGCUCUGCCCUCAUUUUCUCUUUAUUGUUGCUUCUGUGUUUGGGGGCAACCCACAAGCCCAGUGCUGGGUGAUGGGGCAGAUGCUAGUGAGAUCAAGGAGAGAAGCUCUUGUCAGCGGGGGCGGUGCCAGCCUCCGCUUUGGGUUGUGAGUGGCCGCCCAUUUGGGCACAGGCUCAAGCACCCAUCCUUUUCCCAAAAUGGGAUGGAGGGGAAGCAGGGCAGAAGAGGUAAGGGAGGCUGAGUGGGUCAGGGUCGCUGCAGGCGAGAGCAGGCGCCAGGGGAAUCCUGUGGGUAUGUAGGUACUGCAUGUCCUGGUGUGACGAGCAGGAGCAGACUGACGGCUGGGAGGAGGGAAUGGGACCCAGAGUGAGCAGUGGGGUGGAGGAGUAGAAGGAAUUGCUGCUUUCUGUGAUGGCUGCACUCUAAGUGCUCCCUGGCCUGCACGCCCUGACGAGGGAUUGCAGUGUGGCAGGAAGGACUCACUUGAGACUGUGUCAUGGCCAGAGGUCAUAGGACACUUCAGGUACCAAAACCCCCACCUCACACUGG